GUUCCGCGGGAGGAGGCGGGCCGGUGCCGGUGCUAUCCCCGGUUCCGUGGCAGUGCCGUGGGAGGCCGGGCCGGUGCCGGUGCCGGUUCCGCGGGAGGAGGCGGGCCGGCGCGGGGGGCGGGCGCUGUGGCGGGGCCGGCGGGCGAUGCGCUUCCUCCGCUGAGCGCAGCGCGGCCGAGCCGGCAGGAUGACGGUGGAGUUCGAGGAGUGCAUCAAGGACUCGCCCCGGUUCCGGGCAACCAUCGAUGAGGUGGAAACGGAUGUGGUGGAGAUCGAGGCCAAGCUUGACAAGCUGGUGAAGCUGUGCAGUGGCAUGCUGGAGGCGGGCCGGGCCUACCUCAGCACCAACAAACAUUUCGUCAGCGGCGUGCGGGACCUGGCGCAGCAGUGCCGCAAGGACCCCAUGGUCUCGGAGUGCCUGGAUAAAUUUGGGGACAGCCUGCAGGAAAUGAUCAAUUAUCACAUGAUCCUGUUUGACCAGGCCCAGAGGUCGGUGCGGCAGCAGCUGCACAAUUUUGUCAAAGACGACGUGAGGAAGUUCAAGGAGACCAAGAAGCAGUUCGACAGGGUGCGGGAGGACAUGGAGAUCUCGCUGGUGAAGAACGCGCAGGCGCCGCGGCACAAACCCCACGAGGUGGAGGAGGCCACGGGCACCCUGAGCAUCACCAGGAAAUGCUUCAGGCACCUGGCCCUGGACUAUGUGCUGCAGAUCAACGUGCUGCAGGCCAAGAAGAAAUUCGAGAUCCUGGACGCGAUGUUGUCCUUCAUGCACGCCCAGUUCACCUUCUUCCAGCAGGGCUCCAGCCUCCUGCAGGAGCUCGAGCCCUACAUGAAGAAAUUGGCCAGCGAGCUGGACCAGCUGGUGAUCGCGUCGGCCGUGGAGAAGCGGGAGAUGGAGCACAAGCACGCGCUGAUCCAGCAGCGGACCCUGAUGCAGGAUUUCUCCUACGAUGACCCCAAGAUGGAAUUCAACGUGGAUGCCCCCAACGGGGUGGUGAUGGAAGGUUACCUCUUCAAGAGAGCCAGCAACGCCUUCAAAACCUGGAACAGGAGGUGGUUUUCCAUCCAGAACAGCCAGCUGGUCUACCAGAAGAAGCUGAAGGACGUGCUGACCGUGGUGGUGGAGGACCUGAGGCUCUGCACGGUCAAACCCUGCGAGGACAUCGAGAGGAGGUUCUGCUUCGAGGUCGUGUCCCCCACCAAGAGCUGCAUGCUGCAGGCUGACUCGGAGAAGCUGCGCCAGGCCUGGAUCCAGGCUGUGCAAGCCAGCAUCGCCUCUGCCUACCGCGAGAGCCCCGACUGCUACUACAGCGAGAGGCUGGACAGAACCGCUUCCCCCUCCACCAGCAGCAUCGACUCGGCCACAGACUCGCGGGACCGCGGCGGGAAGGGGGAGCCGAUCCUGCAGCGGCUGCAGAGCGUCCCUGGCAAUGACCAGUGCUGCGACUGCGGCCAGCCCGACCCGCGCUGGGCCAGCAUCAACCUGGGCAUCCUGCUCUGCAUCGAGUGCUCCGGCAUCCACAGGAGCCUGGGUGUUCACUGCUCCAAGGUCCGAUCCCUCACGCUGGAUUCCUGGGAGCCAGAGCUGCUGAAACUGAUGUGUGAGCUGGGCAACAGCACCAUGAACCAGAUUUACGAGGCACAGUGUGAGGAGCUGGGGCUGAAGAAACCAACAGCAGGGAGCUCCAGGCAGGACAAGGAGGCCUGGAUCAAGGUGAAGUACGUGGAGAAGAAGUUCCUGAAGAAGCUGCCGGGCGGGGAGGUGCUGGCCGAGAGCGAGCGCAAACCGCGCCGCUGGUGCGUCAAGAAGUGCCAGCGGCACCACAGCGGCUGCCGGGCGCCGGCGGCGCGCAGGAAAUUCCGCCAGGAGCCUGGCAGCGCCGCGGCCGCCGUGCUGGCCUCAGCAGCAGCCACGCUGGAGAGGAAAUUCCGCCGGGAUUCACUCUUUUGCCCCGAUGAGCUGGACUCCCUCUUCUCCUACUUUGACACUGGCGCCGGCUCCGGCCCUCGCAGCCCCGCAGGUCUGAGCAGCGACAGCGGCCUGGGCGGCAGCACCGACGGCAGCACCGACGUGCUCGGCUUCGGCGCCGUGGUGGACAGCGUCACCGAGGAGGAGUGCGAGGUGUCGGAGGACUCGAGUGGAGAGGCCGAGCUGGAGCCGGAGGCAUCGGACGCGGAGGAGGUGCGGGAGCCGGCGCUGGCGCUGUGCCGGGCGGCGCGACGCCGGGCGCUGCCGGCGCUGGCCGCGGCACUGGCCCACGGCGCUGACGUCAACUGGGCCAACGAGGAGGACGAGGGCAAAACGCCCCUGAUCCAGGCCGUCAGCGGGGGCUCGCUGCUGGCCUGUGAGUUCCUGCUGCAGAAUGGGGCUGAUGUGAACCAGCGGGACGCGCGGGGCCGGGCGCCACUGCACCACGCCACCUCCCUGGGCCACACCGGGCAGGUGUGCCUGUUCCUGAAGCGCGGGGCCACCCCGGACACGCCGGAUGGGGACGGGCAGGACCCGCUGAGCAUCGCCGUGAGCGCCGCCAACGCCGACAUCGUUACCCUGCUGCGUCUGGCGCGGAUGAACGAGGAGAUGCGCGAGGCCGAGGGGCCCCUGGGGCAGCCUGGGCAGUUCCCAGGCAGCAGCCCCACGGAGCUGCAGUACAGGAAAUGCAUCCAGGAGUUCAUCAGCCUCAACAUCGACGAGACCUAGGGACAAACCUGGACAAACCCGCGGAUAUUCGGGAUAUUCUGUGUUUUCCCUGCUGGUUGCGAUGCCCGCGCCCCCCUGGCAGGCGUCGCUCCUGCGGGAGUUUUGGUUUUUUUGUUGUUUUCCUGUGGGGUUUUGGGGGUUGAGUUCUCAUGUUUGACUACUGGAUGGUUGAAUUUGGGGUUUUUUGGGGGGUUUUUUUUUGGAGGAGGAGGAGAUUCCCAGGGUGCGACUGCACGUUGUGGCACAUGGGGUGGAGCGUGGGAGGUGAGCUUAGAGGUUAAAAAAACAACCAAAAAAAUAGGGAAAAAAAAAACUCCAAAAGAGAAGAAAAGGAAAAACCUCCUGUGGCCAGGAGAGAGCCACCAACGUCAGGAGCGGACUGAGGCGCUGGCCUGGAAUUCCGGCAGGGAUCGUGGCUGGAGCCUGCUCUGCCCCAGGAGGACUCCGAGGUGCCCUCCCAGGCUGGUUUUGGGGCAGGGAUGCUCCAGAGGCCCGGCGGGAUCAGGAUCGGGAUUGGGAUCAGGAUCGGGAUCUCCGGCGGCUCCUGGCCUUUUGCUGCUCUUAGGACCAAACCAGCCAUGCUCCCCCGACUGCUGCCCUGGCUGCUCAAAGCCAUCGUUGCUUCCAUCCUGCUGGAAUGCCCAGAAGGGUUCCCAUUCCUGAAAGGAUUCCCAUCCUGCAGGAUUCCUAGGAGGAUUCCCAUCCCACAGCAUUCCUGAAAGGAUUCCCACCCUGCUGGAUUCCUGCAAGGAUUCCCAUCCCACUGGAAUUCCUGAAAGGAUUCCCAUUCCACUGGAAUGCCUGGAAGGGUUCCCAUGCCACAGGAUUCCUAAAAGGAUUCCCAUCCUGCAGAAUUCCUGAAAGGAUUCCCACCCUACUGGAAUUCCCAGAAGGAUUCCCAUCCUGCAGCGUUCCUGAAGGGAUUCCCAUCCCACUGUAAUUCCUGAAAGGAUUUCCAUCCCACUGGAAUUCCCAGAAGGAUUCCCAUCCUGCAGGAAUUCCCGGAAGGGUUCCCAUCCCGCUGGAAUUCCUGGAAGCAGCAGCGCUGAUCCCUGUCGCUGGCGAUGGGCUCGGGGCAGGGAGGGAAACCAGCUCCAGCUGCUUGGUGCAAUUUCACAGAAUCCCAGGAUUCUGUUAUCCCAGAAUCCCAAUUAUCCCAGAAUCCCAGAACCCAAUUAUCCCAUUAUCCCAGAAUCCCAUUAUCCUAGAAUCCAAUUAUCCUAGAUCCCAUUAUCCCAGAAUCCCAUUAUCCCAGAUCCCAACCUGCUCCCAAAUCCACCCUAAAUCCCAGUCCUGCAAUCCUGGCUCAGCUAGGGCGGGUUGGGAGCUGAUCCUGCCCCUAAACCCAGCCUAAAUCCCUGUGUCCCUGCAGCAGGACCCCCCAGCUCCCUGUGGCGCCCCCAGCCCAGCCCCUGGAGCUCUCCAGGACCCCAAAUCCCACUCUGAUCCCAGCCUGGAUCUGGGAUUUGGGGCAGCCCUGCAGGGAAUUCCCUCUCCAGCCCCAUCCCACCCUGCCCGCCCCUCCACACGGGGAUUUCUUGGUGCUGAGUCUUGUCAGGUUCCUUCAAAGCUCUUGAGAGCAAAGGAGAAUUUUCACUUUUGGGAGAGAGAAUUUUCACAUUUCAGAAAGGGAAUUUACACAUUGGAGAGAGGGAGAAUUUCUACAUUUGAGAGUGGAGAAGAAUUUUCACAUUUGAGAGCAAAUUAGAAUUUCGACGUUUGAGAGAAAUUUCACAUUUGAGCGAAAGAGAAUUUCUACAUUUGGGAGAGAAAGAAUUUCUUCACAUUUGAGAGAGAAUUUCUUCACAUUUGAGAGGAAAGGAAAAUUUUCACCAUUUGAGAGAGAAGGAAAAUUUUCACAUUUCAGAGAGAAUUUCUUCACAUUUGACAGAGAAGAAUUUCUUCAUUCUUGAGAGUGGAGUGGAAUUUUCACAUUUGAGAGCGAGAAUUUUCACCAUUUGAGAGCAAAGGAGAAUUUCUUCACUCUUGAGAGCAAAGGAGAAUUUUCCCAUUCGAGAGAGAAUUUCCACAUUUGAGAGAGAAUUUUCCCAUUUGAGAGAAUUCUCCCAUUCGAGAGAGAAUUUCCACAUUCGAGAGGGAAUUUCUUCACAUUUGAGAGAGAGAAUUUUCACCAUUUGAGAGAAGGAGAAUUUUCACAUUUGAGAGCAAAGGAGAAUUUCUUCACUCUCGAGAGCGAAGGAGAACUUUCACCAUUUUCCACCAUUUUCCAAUUUUCCCCAGGAGAAUUUCCCACUCAGCACGGCCAUGAUUUGAUUUUUUAACCAACUUCAAACUGAUUUUCAAGCCCCUCACUGCUUUCACCACCUUUUUUAGGAGUUAAAAACCUGACUGAUCCUUCUGAGAACUGAGCAAAACCGCAACUUCCGCUUUUUGGGUCAUUUUAUUUCACUUUUUUUCUGGGAAUUCUGGCCAGAAAUCCUGGCCAGGCUGCACCCUGGAAGCUCAGACUCACUGCUGAAGUUGGGGAAAAAAAUGUAAAUAUCGACGCAAAAAGAAUCAUCUUGCCAGACAAUGGAUUUAUUUAAGAUGUAUUGGUACUUUUAAAUAUUUAGAGUCAAUGUAUAAAAAGCAACUUGGUGCACUUUUCCUACCUGACAGUAUUUUGGGGGGGGGUUUAUGUUUUUUUGUUAAGGGUUUUGUGCUGUCUUUUUUAAUCCGUGGAAUUGUUAAGUAUUUAAUUUAUUCUUAUUAUUGAUGUGCCCAGAGGACUGUGCAAUUUUUAUUCCAUACAGUUGGUCUGUAUUUAAUGUCAGGAUUUUUCCCCCCCUUUGUAGAGUUUUUAGGGAAUAUUUUUCCAAAAAUUGCCUCUUUUUUGUUCCCUUUUCUUCCCCUCCUUUUUCCCUUUUGUGUUCACGUCACAGCUCCUGAGGCAUCCAAAGCCUCAAAUUUGAGAUCAACGCCCUGAAUCCCCAAAUCAAACAUUUCUCCAGGAAAAACAAAAGUGAAGGAUGCACUUCUCCCUA